GCCCCCCUCUUUCGGCCCGGCCAUCUUGUGGGAAGAGCUGAAGCAGGCGCUCUUGGCUCGGCGCGGCCCGCUGCAAUCCGUGGAGGAACGCGCCGCCGAGCCACCAUCAUGCCUGGGCACUUACAGGAAGGCUUCGGCUGCGUGGUCACCAAUCGAUUCGACCAGUUAUUUGACGACGAAUCGGACCCCUUUGAGGUACUGAAGGCAGCAGAGAACAAGAAAAAAGAAACCGGCGGGGGCGGCGUUGGGGGCUCUGGGGCCAAGAGCGCAGCUCAGGCCGCGGCCCAGACCAACUCCAACGCGGCGGGCAAACAGCUGCGUAAGGAGUCCCAGAAAGACCGCAAGAACCCGCUGCCUCCCAGCGUUGGCGUGGUUGACAAGAAAGAGGAGACGCAACCGCCCGUGGCGCUUAAGAAAGAAGGAAUAAGACGCGUUGGAAGAAGACCUGAUCAACAGCUUCAGGGUGAAGGAAAAAUAAUUGAUAGAAGACCAGAAAGACGACCACCUCGUGAACGAAGAUUCGAAAAGCCGCUUGAAGAAAAGGGUGAAGGAGGCGAAUUUUCAGUUGAUAGACCGAUUAUUGACCGGCCUAUCCGAGGCCGCGGUGGUCUUGGAAGAGGUCGAGGAGGCCGUGGACGUGGAAUGGGCCGAGGAGAUGGAUUUGAUUCUCGUGGCAAACGUGAAUUUGAUAGGCAUAGUGGAAGUGAUAGAUCUUCUUUUUCACAUUACAGUGGCCUGAAGCAUGAGGACAAACGCGGUGGUAGCGGAUCUCACAACUGGGGAACUGUCAAAGAUGAAUUAACAGAGUCCCCCAAAUACAUUCAGAAACAAAUAUCUUAUAAUUGCAGUGACUUGGAUCAAUCAAAUGUGACUGAGGAAACACCUGAAGGUGAAGAACAUCCAGUGGCAGACACUGAAAAUAAGGAGAACGAAGUUGAAGAGGUAAAGGAAGAGGGUCCAAAAGAGAUGACUUUGGAUGAGUGGAAGGCUAUUCAAAAUAAGGACCGGGCAAAAGUAGAAUUUAAUAUCCGAAAACCAAAUGAAGGUGCUGAUGGGCAGUGGAAGAAGGGAUUUGUUCUUCAUAAAUCAAAGAGUGAAGAGGCUCAUGCUGAAGAUUCGGUUAUGGACCAUCAUUUCCGGAAGCCAGCAAAUGAUAUAACGUCUCAGUUGGAGAUCAAUUUUGGAGACCUUGGCCGCCCAGGACGUGGUGGCAGGGGAGGACGAGGUGGACGUGGACGUGGUGGACGUCCAAACCGUGGCAGCAGGACUGAUAAGUCAAGUGCUUCUGCUCCUGAUGUUGAUGACCCAGAGGCAUUCCCAGCUCUGGCUUAACUGGAUGCCAUAAGACAACCCUGGUUCCUUUGUGGACCCUCCUGUUCAAAGCUUUUGCAUGCUUAAGGAUCCCAAACGACUAAGAAAUUUAAAAAAAAAAAAAAAAAAAAAGACUGUCAUUCAUACCAUUCACACCUAAAGACUGAAUUUUAUCUGUUUUGAAAAUGAACUUCUCUCGCUACACAGAAGUAACAAAUAUGGUAGUCAGUUUUGUAUUUAGAAAUGUAUUGGUAGCAGGGAUGUUUUCAUAAUUUUCAGAGAUUAUGCGUUCUUCAUGAAUACUUUUGUAUUGCUGCUUGCAAAUAUGCAUUUCCAAACUUGAAAUAUAGGUGUGAACAGUGUGUACCAGUUUAAAGCUUUCACUUCAUUUGUGUUUUUUAAUUAAGGAUUUAGAUGUUCCCCCAAUUACAAACUGGUUUUAAAUAUUGGACAUAAUAUCGGUUUUAAUACUUGCUUUGCAUUUUCACACAUGUUCAACCUGGGACAUGUAAACUUUGAUUUGUUGAAUUUUAUGCUGCGUGGAAUACUAACUACUUUAUGUAUUUUAACUUAGUUUUAAUAUUUUCAUUUUUGGGGAAAAGUCUUUUUUCACUUCUCAUGAUAGCUGUUAUAUAUGCUAAAUCUUUAUAUUCAGAAAUAUCAGUACUUGAACAAAUUCAAAGCACAUUGGUUUAUUAACCCUUGCUCCUUCCUGCAUGGUUCAUUAGGUUCAAAUUAUACCUGAUUCACAAUUUCAACUACAUUUACUUUUAAAUGUGUGACUUUCCCAUUUAUAAGCCAAACUAAACACCAAUUUGUGAAAGUUGUUUAGUUGACUUGGCUAGUUCGUAAUAUUUAAACUGUUCUGUAAAAAUAAGUGUCUGGCCACUUGGUAUGAUUUGUGUGUGAAGUUCUCAAAAUCAAAAUGGUACAUCCAUAAUCAACAACCCUUUAACCUUUUCUUGUCCUAAACCAAAGGGCACUGGUUAGUAUGGUGAGAUGGGGGGGCGGGUAUUUUAAUUUUUGAAAUUUGAAAAGCAGACAGCUUUACUUUAUAAGGCUGGAACAGCAGCACCAUCCAUGAAAUAUAAACCAAAAAUAUUAAUGUUUCUUAAUUUCCUAUAUUGCUAUUAGUUGGUCUUAAGUUGAUAGAUGAAUGUUUACAGGUGAUAAGUAUCUCUUACCUCUAUUAGAAAAUUAGGUUAGUAAUGGAUUCCUUAAAUGGGAGCAGCACCACUUAUUAAAACGUACAUGGAGAGAAUGAUCAAUAAACAGGUUUUCUAGGAUUUUUUUUUUAAUUCUGGCACAUUUAUUGAUAAACAGGAAGGGAAUUUUAUUUAAAGUUUUGAAGAUCUUUUGUCUCAGUUUUCAGUAAGUUUCUACCUAUGUAUGGUAAUGCCCAGUUUUAAAAAAUAUUGGUAAUCUUAAAUAUGUCUGCUGUUUAGCUGAUUGGUUCUCACAUAUAAUUCUGAAAGAAAUUAUAUAGUAUAGGAGUUAUUCAUUUGGAUUAGAUUUAUUAAUCUAGUUACCUGCAAGUCUGAUAUUUUAGGAAGGAGGUAAUUGUUUUUUAAUGAUGGAUAAACUUGUGCUGGUGUUUUGGAUCUUAUGAUGCGGGGCAUGUUCUGCACUGGUGCUAAUGUCUAAUUUUAUAUUUACAAACAUAUCUGCUACCCAGAGGCAAGUAUUAAUUUAGUCCAUAUGGAUUGUUGACCCCUCUUGAGAUUGCAACAUAUGCACUCCUUAAUCAGUGUGUUUAGACUUUCAAGUAUCUCAUUUCUGAACGUGUAACAUAUUUAUAAACCUCUUGGUUUCCAGCAACAUAUUACAAAAAACACCUAUUAAAAACACUUCACAAGUUCUGCUUAGUGUCAGCCAUUGCUGUCAUCAGAGAAUACACAGCAAUAUCUGAUAUGUUGCAAGCUUUCAAGGUAGCCUGAACUUUAAAAAGUUGGUCCAUUAGUUGUAUCUGAUGGAUGUAAAUUUGCCUCCUAGUUCACUUUGUGUCGAGAGCUAAAACUGUGAACCUAACUUUCUCUUAUUGGUGGGUAAUAACUGAAAAUAAAGAUUUAUUUUCAUGCUCACUUCUUAAAAAUCAAAACAAUCAAAUAGGAGCCCA